UUGAGUUGAGUUGAUGGAUGAUUGCCCAACUGGCCCAUGUGCCAUUGCCCUAUCAUUUGCUUUCUGUCCAAACUUUCAAAGUUCCCUUUUUAUCCUCAACCCCCCUAUUGAUAGAUCCUCAUCUCCACCAUUCAUCUCACACAGUUUAAGGUUUCACCGCUGAAAGGAACAGAUCAAGCUGCUGUCAAAUAGUUACAAGGGCAUUUUAGGCAGACCAUCAUCAAUUUGUUCUUUUCUGCUUCUACAUUCUGUCAACAGGUAUUUGGAGCCAAUAAGAUUUCUUCUUUUAGGUGUCCUUGCUCUCACUUCUAAAUUUGAGAAAGAAAAACUAUUGGGUCUAUAGCAGGUGGGAAUGGCCAAUCUUAGAAGUCCUAAGUUCAUGGUCCUUUAUGCUUUUCAGUUAAUCUUUUUGGUGCAUUUCCAAGUUUCCUGCUAUCAGUACAAGGUUGGAGAUUUAGAUGCUUGGGGCAUUCCCACUUCAGCAAACCCAAAAGUUUACAUCUUUUGGUCCAAAUAUCACACCUUCAAGAUUGGAGAUUCUCUAUUGUUCUUGUAUCCACCAAGUCAAGAUUCAGUAAUUCAGGUUACUGAGCAAAACUACAAUUCUUGCAACCUGACAGAUCCAGUUUUGUACAUGAAAAAUGGCAACUCUUUAUUUAACAUAACUGCAAAUGGACAUUUCUACUUCACUAGUGGAGUUCCAGGGCACUGUGAAAAGAAGCAGAAGCUACAUAUAUCUGUUGGAAAUGAUUCAGAUAUCUCUCCUUCUAAUGGUUCUAGCGCAUUGCCUGACACUGCUGCAGCACCCUCUUACCCUACUAAUUUUGGCACAAUCCCGUUACCACCUUCCGCUUCUUCACCAACAUACAGAUUCUCAAUCUUCUUCUCUGCUGUUAUUGGUGCUGUGAUUUCUGCAUACAUCAAUGGCAUCAUGUGAAGGAGUGGUGCAUAAGUACAAGAAGCCAGAUGAGGAUACCAAUUUUUAAUAACUUUUUCAUAUGUUUUAUUUCAUUGGUUUUAAAGCUCCAUCAUAUUGAUUCAUAUAUAAAGUUCUGGUUUUUGUGAUUAUUUACGGUGAUUCAAGAGAAUAAAAAUGGUAAAUCUUGUUCUUGUUUGA